ACAACGUAUUUUGCUUUAGGAACAGGCUUCCAUUUCAGGUUACUUUCAUCAUUGGACUCUCCCCACUUGAGGGGGAAAAGCCUUGUUUUCCCAAAAUGCCCGAUGUUUGGGAAAACAUUUAUAUUGCUUUUGAGUCCAUGAUUGCAGUGCUUGCGAUCCUGGGUAAUAUCCUGGUCAUUUGGGUGCUGAAGUUAAACCGGACAUUUCAGAAGAGUAUCUUCUACUUCAUUAUCUCACUGGCAGUAGCUGAUAUUGCUGUUGGACUUGUCAUGCCAGCAGCUAUUGUGGUGAGCUUAGGCAUCCAGAUGCCAUACGAUGCCUGUCUGUUCAUGUGCUGUUUGCUUGUGGCUUUUACUCAAGCCUCCAUCAUGUCUUUACUUGCCAUAGCAAUUGACAGAUAUUUGAGAGUACGGCUGCUCAUCAGGUAUAAGCUAAUAACCACUGAGAAAAGAAUCCGUAUGGCUUUGGGAACAGUUUGGCUCUUGUCGCUGCUAGUAGGAUUUAUUCCCAUGUUUGGCUGGGCAGAAGAAAAACCGGGAAACUCAAGCAAUGUGGAAUGCAAGUUCAGAAACGUUAUGAAAAUGGACUACAUGGUGUACCUGAGCUUCUUCACUGGCACACUUGCCCCGCUGAUUCUCAUGUGUGUCCUUUACACAAAGAUUUUCUGCAUCAUCCGAUCAAAACUGGAACUAUGUUCAGGGAGUGGCAAGGGGCAAGGAAUAAGUUACAGACAUGAAUUAAGGAUAGCCAAGUCAUUGUCCUUGGUCCUCUUUUUAUUUGCUGUCUGCUGGCUGCCAAUGUGUAUUCUGAACUGUCUCAUGCAUUUCUAUUCCAUUCUCGACAUCCCAGAAAAGAUAGUAUAUUUGGCUAUUCUGCUUUCACAUUCCAAUUCAGUCAUGAACCCCAUUGUCUAUGCUUUCAGGAUAAAAAAGUUCCGGAAAACUUGCAUCCAGAUUUUAAGAACCUAUGUUUUGCAGAUGGACCCAGAAACUGAUGUACCUGAUGGACACUCAUCAUCUGAACCAUUGUAGCCCCCUUAUACCAAAUCACACUCUUUGACUAGGCUCUAUAAUAUUUUCUA